AUGGCAUCGAGCUCGAUAUCGUUCCAUGGUUCCGGUUCGUGGACAGCCAAGCAAAACAAGGACUUCGAGAGCGCUUUGGCUGUUUACGAUAAGGACACACCCGACCGGUGGCACAAUGUUGCCAAGGCCGUCGGAGGGAAAAUUGCAGAGGAAGUGAAGAGGCACUAUGAGCUGCUGGUGAACGAUGUGAUGAAAAUCGAGUCGGGUCAAGUUCCAUUCCCCAAAUAUAGGACCACCGGCAAGAACACUCGAGGUACCAGUUACACCAACGAUGAAGAAUCUGAUCAAGCUGAAUAA